CUUUACAGGAGGUACGUGAAGGCAACAUGACGUAGAAAUCCUGAGACGCACGUGUGGCUGUAGUGAGGCGCAGAGAUGGCUGAAGACAGGCUUCAGUUUCAUGAAAUGGGCUUAGACGACCGUCUUUUAAAGGCGGUUGCAGAUCUGGGUUGGUCCCAGCCGACUCUGAUCCAGGAGAAAGCGAUCCCGUUGGCUCUGGAGGGGAAAGACCUCCUGGCUCGAGCCCGGACUGGAUCCGGGAAGACUGCAGCUUACGCCAUACCGGUUAUCCAACGCAUCCUCGCCUCAAAACAGAGCGUUCGGGAGCAGGACGUGAGAGCUCUGAUCCUGGUUCCAACCAAGGAGCUGGGUCAGCAGGUCCAGACCAUGAUCAGACAGCUGACGGCGUUCUGCUCGAGGGACGUCCGAGUGGCCGACAUCACUGGGAAAGCUGACCUGUCUGCACAGAGACCCAUAUUAAUGGAGAAGCCUGAUGUUGUCGUGGGAACGCCAUCCCGCGUGCUCGCCCACCUGAACGCCCAGAACCUGGUGCUGCACUCGUCCCUGGAGAUGCUGGUGGUGGACGAGGCCGACCUGCUCUUCUCUUUUGGCUUCGAGGCCGACCUCAAGAACCUGCUGUGUCAUUUGCCGAAGAUCUACCAGUCGUUUCUGAUGUCUGCAACUCUCACCGAGGACGUUCAGGCCUUAAAGGAGCUGCUGCUGCACAACCCUGUGGUGCUGAAGCUGCAGGGCUCUCAGCUGCCGGACAGCAGCCAGCUGCAGCAGUACAGCAUCAAAUGUGUGGAGGAGGACAAGUUCCUGCUGGUGUACACGCUGCUGAAGCUGCGUCUGGUCCAGGGGAAGACGCUGCUGUUUGUGGGCGCAGUAGAGCGCUGCUACAGACUCAAACUGUUCCUGGAACAGUUCGGCAUUCCCGCCUGCGUGCUCAACUCGGAGCUGCCCGUCCAGUCCAGGUGUCACAUCAUCACUCAGUUCAACCAGGGCUUCUACGACUACAUCAUUGCCACAGACGAACAGAGUUUGGCCGAUCCCACUGCGGCUCCACAGGCGGCCACCGCAGGAAAAGGGAAGAAGAAGAAGAACACAGAGAGAGGAGCAAAGACGAAGGACAAAGAAUACGGAGUCUCCAGAGGUGUGGACUUCCAAAACGUCGCCAACGUCAUCAACUUUGAUUUCCCCACAACUGUGGAGUCGUACAUUCACCGAGUGGGAAGAACGGCGAGAGCAGACAACCCCGGCACGGCUCUGUCUUUCAUCUCCAACACUGAGCUCGAGCUGCUGUCAGAGGUGGAGGAGGCGCUCACAGGAGAUCAUGCAGAUUCUGUUCUGAAACCAUACCAGUUUAAGAUGGAAGAGAUUGAAGGGUUCAGGUACAGGUGCAGGGAUGCGAUGCGUUCAGUGACAAAGCAGGCGGUGAAGGAGGCUCGACUGAAGGAGAUCAAACAGGAGCUGCUCAACUCGGAGAAACUCAAGACGUAUUUUGAAGACAACCCCAGAGACCUGCAGCUGCUGCGACACGACAAAGACCUGCACCCCGCUGUCAUCAAACCACACCUGAAGAACGUCCCGGAGUACCUCAUUCCUGAGACUCUGAAAGGUGCAGUGAGUCUGCUGUCGAAGCGCAGGAAGAGGAGGGAAAAACCAAAAGCAGCGGGAGUCGUCAAGAGCAGCUUCAAGAAGAACAUCCCGGGGAAGAACCCACUGAAGAGUUUCCGAUACAGCGGAGGGAGGAACAAGAGCAGGAAAGGCAAAGCGUAGCUGCAGCUGCAGCUGCAGGAGUCUCUUUAUUUUAUUACCUGCAGAGACGUCCCAGAGGACGCUUCUGUCUCCAGAGUCACCUGGACGAGACGAAUAUAAACUGAAAGGAUGAAACGAGCUGUUGGGGCUUUAUGAGCCACAGACGACACAGUCUGUGAAAGCUGACUUACGUGAAGUUGGAUUUAGUUAAAUCCAAACAUAACCUAAUGUCCGUACAGGAAUACAGUAUCUGUAUUAUGUCAAUUCUAAUACUUCUGUUAUGAAAACUUUAUGAAAAUAAAAUUAUUUCUUCUCAAACUUUGA